AUGGAAAAUGGAAUGGCUCAAUGGGUUGUUGCUCAAAUUCGGAGCGCCAUUGCUGAGGCUCUUACAGUUGCGUUUUCGAGAUUUGAUUUUCUCAAGCAAUGGCAAUUUUCGCGAGAUAUCAGUCAGAGAUUCAUGGUUAAUCAAACACCAAUUGAUGAUGAGAAAUCGAUUGCAAUUGAAACAUUAAAAGUUCUAUGGGAAGUAGAACAACAGAAAGAUGUGUUAGGAUCUAAUAUAGAAGGAUAUUGUAUUGAAGCAAUUAGGCUUUUAUUGGUAUUGAGGAUGACAAACGCUUUUGAUGCUUAUCAAAGGAACCAUCUUUCACCAUCUUCCUUCUAUUACAAAGUCUUUAUCAAAUAUGAUCCUCGAUUUAUUGCCAAAAAACUUCGCGAAGCAGCUUAUGAGCAGGAAGAGCUGUAUAUUUUGGUGGAUACUUUUAAUAUUGAUCUCGAAAUAAUCGAUACCGUUUUAAUGGUUGGCUCACAUGAAACUUCAUCUAAUUAUUGCUAUUCCGUUGACGAGAUGUUUCUUAUUACGGAUAAUAAUGUCGACAAUAAGCUUUCCUCAGCUUCAAAUGCUAGCCCCUCAUUACGCUCAAAAAAGCCUUUAUUAUCAUUCCUAAAAGUCAGACCUCAUAAGCUUUAUCCACUAUUUCAUAGUCUUGAAUAG